CAGACUGGGUCUGGGGACUUGCGCGGCGAUCCGAGGGACCGGACGAGGAUGACUUACACCCUCAGAUCCACGUUCCUCUCGUCGCCGGUCUGAGGCGCCAUCUUCAGGAAGUUCUCCCGCCUUGGAGCGGACCUGGGACCCGGCGUAAUCCCUCCCUCUAAAUGAUCACUAAGGCUCACAAAGGAGAGGUGGGCCUUGGGCUUCCAGAGAAAAAGAAGAAGAAGAAAAAGAAAGUGGUUAAAGAACCAGAGACUCAAUACUCGGUUUUAAACAGUGACAGUUAUUUCGCAGAGGUUUGUCCAAGAGCCACACCACCCUUGAAGGGUGUGAUCCAAGAGCAGGCACCCAGAAUGCCUCUUGUGAAGAAAAAGAAGAAAAAGAAGGGUCACAGCACCAUCUGUGAGGAGCACCUUGAACCUGAGAUCACAUUACGUGCUGGACGGACUGAGCAGUCACGCAGCCCCAGGACGCAGGCACUUGGUCUGUCUAAGUCCCUCAGUGCAGAGAAGAAGAAGAGGAAGUCCAUGUACCCUGUCUCAAGGGUGAAGACCUCUCCAGACCCCAGACAGGAUGAGGAAGUGACCAGAGUUGGCAAGAAGCUCAAAAAACACAAGAAGGAGAAAAAGGCCAAGGAAGCUACAGCCUUCUCAGGCAGGGAUCCUUGGUUCUGCGAGGCUGGGAAUACAGUGUAUACUCACUCAGUUGGGAAGGAUGGCGUCCAGGAGCAGGCAGCCUUGGGACAGAAACAGAAGCAAGGGAGUCCCAGGGAACACAGCGUGAAGAUGAAGAAGAAGAAGAAGAAAAUCCACUGGGAGGGAGAUCCCCCACUGGGGCACCCUGAGUGCUCCUGGUCCCUGGAGAGCAGCUCUAUGAAAGGAAAUAAAAAGAAGCCAGUCAGAGUUGAAGCUCCAGAAUACAUCCCCAUAGGAGAUGGCCCCAGGGCCUCUGUGAAGAAGAAAGUGAAGUCCAAGAAAAGGGUGGAGCAGGCAGACACUGAGGAGCCAGCGCUGAAGAGGAAGAAGAAGAAGAAGAGGCAGGAGAGCGAAGUAGCAGAGGAGCCUUGUGAAGAGGGUCUGCAAGGGGCUGAGGUCACUGAGAGAGCGUGGCCCAUGCAGGCCCGGCAAGGACACCGUGUGGGAGCUGAGACCUGUGAGGGGCCGGGGCCGGCUGAGCCCGGGGAGCAGCAGGAGCCUGACACGGACUUGGAGGUGGUGUUGGAAAAGAAGGGCAACAUGGACGAGGCGCACAUAGACCAGGUGAGGCGAAAAGCCUUGCAAGAAGAGAUUGAUCGUGAGUCGGGUAAAACGGAAGCUUCUGACACCAAGAAGUGGACAGGAACCCAGUUUGGCCAAUGGGAUACUGCUGGUUUUGAAAAUGAGGAACAGAAACUGAAAUUUCUCAAACUCAUGGGUGGCUUUAAAAAUCUGCCCCCUUCCUUCAGUCGCCCCUCUCCCACGGUGACCAGGCCCAACAUGGCUCUCAGCAAGAAGGCGGCCGACACCCUGCAGCGGAACCUGCAGCAGGACUACGACCGGGCCCUGAGCUGGAAGUACAGCCGGGGGGCCGGCCUCGGCUUCUCCACCGCCCCGGCCAAAGUCUUUUAUAUUGACAGGAACGCAUCCAAGUCAAUCAAGUUUGAAGAUUAAACUCUGCUGUCUCGUCUCCCAAAUCACCCAACGUUGCUUUUAUUGUUCUGUUAGGCAGAUGGAAGCCAUAGGACAGUUGUCUCGAAUCGAACUCCUGCGAAGACUAAGGCCAACUGUGUUGAUGUGCUUGGACAGACUGGGUGAGGGCAGCUCCUUCCAAGAGCCGGGAGAACGUGUCGAGUGGCUACUGUUUUCCCUGUGACGCUUGCAUUCCUGCUGAAGACAGUGUAAUUAGCAGUAGCUCACACUUACCGAGUGCUUCCUGUGUGCCAGGCACUUACAUGUCUCCCCUGCAUUCAUGUACUUGAUCGUCAUGAUUCUGAAACAGGUGCUAUUAUUCCCUCAUCUUAGGAAAUGGGGUUCUGGGAUGAGGAAACUGGGGUUUAGGGAUAAAGUCAUAAUACUGCCUCGGGUCACUCAACGAGUAAGUGCCAAGUGUGCUUUUGUGCCCCAAGGCCUGUGUCAACUACUCCCUACACUGAAUGUCCCCUCUAGGGAAUUUCACCCAAAAUACUCACUGGGAUUAAAAUAAUGUCUUUUGAUUGAAGAAA